CACGACAGAGUCCAGCAGCACGCCAGUGAGCAGUACGACGCAGAGCAGCCGUACAGAAACGGACAGCGCGAUUGUGACCAGCAGCGCGGCAAUGACAGUACGACGCAGAGCAGCACGACAGAGUCCAGCAGCGCGAUUGUGACCAGUUUGUGGAUGACGAGCACCACGACGUCAACCAGCACGACAGAGUCCAGCAGCACGCCAGUGAGCAGUACGACGCAGAGCAGCCGUACAGAAACGGACAGCGCGAUUGUGACCAGCAGCGCGGCAAUGAGCAGUACGACGCAGAGCAGCAUUACAGAGUCGAGCAGCGCGAUUGUGACCAGCCUGUCGAUGACGAGCACCACGACAUUAACGACAGCACGACAGAGUCCAGCAGCACGGCAGUGA